GAGAGGGGCAGAUGCUGAGCGUACAGUUGCCGUACUAGAGCUGCACGAGCUAGCUCAUUAAGCUGGUCUAUUUUUGCUUAAAAUCUGUACAAGCCAGCUUCAUUCAAGAUCGGGUGUGGGAAAACGUAAGAGGACUUUGCAUAGGACAUAAAAUAGCGCUGCUAUUGUGUCUCUUGAAGAGGGAUGCUUGCGAUCGCCGCUGAUUCACCCGCGUUGAGAUGUGCGAAUGAAAGUACAGGAGAUAUCUGCAUCGCCUAGGAGGGGCUCUCCGCCGCACGACAGGAACGCAUUCAUCGCAGGGCUCUCGGUUGGUGUUGAUCAGGGGGUGGAUAAGAUGGAGGCGCCGCUGGUGAGUCUGGAUGAGGACUUUGAGGACCUGCGGUCCUGUAGGGUGGAGGAGGUGGGCCCAGCUCCCCUGCGUCUGUAUGGGACCGGGACCGGGACCGGGACUGGGAUCAGGAACGAGACCGACCCACAAGCCCGUGAGGACUUCUCCGAGCUGGAUAACUUCUCAGAGAUCAUGAGCUUCAAGUCCAUGGAGGACCUGGUGAACGAGUUUGACGAGAAGCUGAACGUGUGCUUCCACAACUACAACGCCAAGACCGAGGGCCUCGCCCCGGUGCGCAACCACACGCAGAACGAGGAGGACGAGGAGCGGCUGCAGGAUGAAGAGGUGUGGGACGCUCUGACCGAUAACUACAUGCCCUCCUCUGGCUCCGGGUGGGACGACGACGACGACACCGAGACGCUCAACGGAAGCUUCUCCGACCAGGAGAUCCAUGAAAAGGAGGAAGAUGAAAUGAACGAGAAGAACGAAAAUGCAAGCUUCGUUAGCGAGGAGCCCCUCGCUACUGCUGACCAGGUGAUAGAAGAGAUUGUGGAGAUGAUGGAGAACUCUCCGGACCCAGGGGAGACGGAGGAAGAGGAGGAGGAAGAGGAGAGCGUGGACACCGCCGCCCAGGGUAACGCCUCAUUGCUGGAGGAGAUAAGAGUGUUGUCUCGGGCCUCCAACAACAACAGCUCGUACGAAGGCCUGAGGCUGAUGCCCAACUCUGUGUUGGAGGAGUUGCUGUGUCGGCUGGAGUCGACCAUUCGAGAGUACUCUGAGGAGCUGGUGGAGCAGCUGGCCCGGAGGGAGGAGCAGGAGUACGAGAAGGAGGUGAGGAACACCUUCAUCACGGUGCUGAUGGAGGUGCAGAACAGGCAGAAGGAGCAGAGGGAGGUGAGCAAGAGGAGGCGCCGGGACAAGGGCCCGAAUCCGCAGGGAAGCGCCCGGACUGAGAAGACCGGCGAGAAGACUACAUCCAUGCCCGUGAAGCGCUUCAGCAUGGAGGGCCUCUCCAGCAUUCUGCAGGCCGGGAUCAGGCAGACAUUCUGGACCUCCGGAGCGGAGAAACAGUAUUUAAACACCGUGAUCCCGUAUGAGGAGAAGGGCACCCCUCCUACGGUGGAAGACCUUCAGAUGCUGACAGGAAUUCUUUAUGCAAUGAAGGAGGACAGCGAGAAGGUUCCCAACUUGCUAACUGACUACAUUUUGAAAGUGCUCUGUCCCACCUAAAGAGGCGUUGGGGGUCACAGAGAGAAGUGGAGGGCCUCUCCAUUCCACCUGAUCUUCAUCUCCAGCCCUGACUGCAUGAGAGCCCAUCUAUGACUAAAGAUAUACCACUGUAUCUAACCAUGCUCCCAUACACAUCCAGACCCUCUAUCUAUCUAUCUGCUCAUCUGGUCUGGGCAUGCCUGCAACCAAGGGCCACAACACAACAGCACGAUGCACUCACCAAGCUCAACCUCCUGGACCUUUAUGCAGUUAUCGGGCCUUCUGACAGUCCAUCGGAAGCCUGUUUAUUUUCUGGUAUCAUGGGUAAUGUCAUUACUGGUCGCUCUGUCUGGGGCAGUGCCUUCUUUAACCAAUUAAUAACUGGGUAAUUGAAGACGAACAAUUUGUUUGUUGUUGUUCCCCGUUUUGAAUGCUGGGCGAUGUUCCUGAGCCGGUCCCACUGCGGCGUUGUCCUUCGGGAGAGCUCAGACCAUUAUGCUUCUCUUCAGAAACGCAAGCAGCCAAGAGCCGCGGUGGCACAACAGCCUAAGAUGCAGCGGCCUUGUGGUUGCAGUUUGCUGCUGUUGCACACCGAGGACGGGGGUUCAAUUCCCAGUCCUGCCAAAAGCCAAGUUAGGCCGGCUCUCGCUGCUCCGGAGGCAGGGUUAGUAGAUCGCCGCACAAUAAGGCACCUCGGGCGCCUUGGAAUCACAAUCAUGAGCAUGAGACGAGACGGCUUGAAGAAGGCGUGUCGCUCUCCUUUGGGCCGCUGAGGGACGGGGUGUGGGCGGUGUAUCUAACACAAUUCUAAUUGGAUUAGAUGGGGUACAGUUGGCUACCAAAUUGGGAGAAAAGGGGAAAAAUCCGAAAUAAAAAAGGAAAAAAGAAAAAAAAGAAAUGCAGGCAGCC